AUUUGAUAUGUUCAUUUCGUCGCCCCGUUGGCCCCGUCGGCCCCGUUUUGUGUGUUGACAUCUGUGGGUUGGUUUCCAACACGUGUUUUGAAAGUCAAGCAGGAAAGAUCACCUUGCCAACUAAACCCAGAAGUAAGGGACAAUGCGGUGAGUUAAAGAGAAAAUUAGCAAUGUCUUCGGCCCAAUGGCAGAGAAAUGCCAUGCUGGCAUGUGUAGCGGCAGGAGUUACCGGCAUUGCGGGCGGCUACCUCUACCAAACGAAAUUUCACAAAUACCUUUGUCGCUUGCUACCGAAAACAAUCGUCGUGUGUUCUACUCUCGAGGAUUUCGGCAGAAUCGAGGACGUUUUCUGCCGUCUUUGCCGUGAAACAGGCGUACUCGGCCUCGACUCUGAGUGGACAACUGUGCAAGGCCAUCGACACAGGGUUGCUCUACUACAACUAGCUCCAAACGCCAAUUUCAGCGUUCUGCUAAGACUGUGCCAGUUCACUGAAGAGGCGUCAACAGUGACACUUCCCGAAUCGCUAAGGGACAUCCUGAAAGACGUCAAGAUCAUCAAGGUUGGAGUGGGAGUCAUCGAUGAUGCACGCAAGCUUUUCCAGGACUACGGUAUCGACGUCUGGGGCUGUCUAGACUUGAGGCACGCCCUGGGUUGCCUACCAGAACUGGGGAACUUCCCAAAGGUGGGUCUUAGGUCUCUCUCUGAAUCGCUCUUAGGGGUCUCACCUGACAAGUCGUGGCGACUCAGGUGUAGUAACUGGGAAGCAGAUGUCCUGACGGAAAAGCAAAUUCGGUAUGCAGCCGACGACGCGCUUCUCGCGGUGCAGAUUUUCGACCAGAUGAUCCGGAACAGACUGACGUUCUUCUUGUACCGGCCUGGGUGGUACGACAAGCUCAAGGAAGACACAAUAGCAAUGUGCCAAGAAGCCGUUGACAUCCCAUUUCAGAACCGGGUGAAGCCACACUCCCCCGACAAGAUGCCCAAUCCCGAAGCAGCUUCGAAGAAGUUGGGCUGUUUCAGGUCGUACAUGACCCGCAAGACGCCACUCUACGACAACUGCAUUCUGCAGGCACCCGAUGGUGAAGCACUGUGCACCUGCGACUACAAAAAGGCAAUCUGGUACAUCGACAGGGAUCUUGGAAAAGUGGUCUCCGAGCAAGGAGAACCGCUGGUUAUCCGGCUCAACUUUGAGCCAUCCAACCGUCCUGUCCUGGAUAGCCAGUACUACAUCCAAGCCAAGGACAACAACUGCGUCGUGUGUGGUUCGGCGGAGUCUCUCGUUCGGAAGAAUGUGGUCCCCCACGAGUACCGCAAGUUCUUUCCAAAGGUGAUGAAGCACCACAUCUCCCACGACAUCCUUCUUCUCUGCGUGCGCUGCCAUCAGUUGAGCAACAUGCGUGACAUGACGCUCAGGUACGCGCUGGCGCAGGAAUGCAACGCUCCCAUUAUGGACGGAACCUUUAGCAAGUCCGUGGAAAACUCCGAAAUGAGAAAAGUUCGAUCGGCAGCUCGUGCCCUCUUGAUGCACUCCCGGAACAACAAACUUCCGCAAGACAGGGUUACCCUUUUGUUGGAAGUGCUCAAGGAUCACUAUGGUGUAGAUUGUCUCUCCGAAGGACAUGUCAGCAUGGCAGCUGACAUUGACACCAAGGUUGUCAACAUGGACUACGUUCCUCAUGGAGAGAGGGUGGUGGAGCAUUUUAAGAAGAAUGGAGGGUUGGUCCACUUUGAGCUUCGAUGGAGGCAGCACUUUCUGGAAACGAUGAAGCCCAAGUUUCUGCCUGCACUCUGGUCUGUCGAUCACCAUCAUGAAGUGCUUGCUCUCAAGUUUGCGCAGGGCCGCGUGAAGGACGCAAACCUGUCAGAAAUCGGGAUCACUCAAGAGCUGGUGGACAAUGUUGUGGAGAAGGUGGGAUUUAAUCUUACGGAUAAUGGUGUGCAUUCUAAUGUCGCGGAAGACUGAAAGACUAUUGUAAAUUUCAUGCCAUUUUUUUUAAUAGCCUUCACGGUUAGUGUUGGUGAAAGAAUUUUAUGUUAAACAUAUCUCUCAAAUAAGCGAAAAAGAAAAGCAGUAAAUAAAAAAAUUAAUUGAAUUAUUU